AUGUAUCCAUCUUCUUCUUCUUCUUCUUUCUUCUUUACCAUCCCACCAUUACUAGAUUCAAAGGUUAGUGAUGUAUUGAAUAGAUUUAUGAAUCAUCAAUUGGCAUGGACGAGAAUCAAAGAUAUAUUGAUGAGAUCGAGAAAUGAAAAGACACAUUACUUUGCACUAUCGAUAUUGGAACGUGUCAUCAAACGACAAUGGUUGUCGUUGACCGCCGAUGAGAGACACCCUGUACUCAUGUUGUUACUGUCGAUGGUUGGGUUGGACCUGCAGACCAAUGCAUCGACCAUUCCUCUCUUUGUACAGCCAGGUGGCGGUGUGGUGACGGGGUCUACAUUGAUUCGCAAAAAGGCAAACUCGUUGAUUGCUCAGAUCAUCGUCAACGAGUGUCCCAAUUGGGCCAGAUUCGUCGACAGUCUCAUUGCAAUCACCACCCAACAAGCACAACUCCUACGUACAUUCAAGCAACAACAACCACAAGAAAUGUCUCGCACGCCAUCCAUCUUUCAAAAGAAUAGUACGAUUGAAACAUUACUACAAAUCUACAAGGACAUGGCAUCCUAUUACAAGGACAAUAAUGCAAUGACAAAAGAGACGACUGCAAGUGCACUGACAGUAUUCAAUACUAUCUUUUUACAAUGCAGAGAUGUGUUUGAAAUUGUAGGUGCGUCUUCACCGACUUUGUCAAAUGAUAUUAUCGGUACUUUGACAUCGAUGUUUGAGUUGGUCGACCCUUCUCUACUCGUACAGUCAUUCCCACUACUGACUCAGCCCACUGUGUUUGGACAGUGUCGUAUGGCAAGUGUCCUCGCAUUGAUCGAGUUUGUCAAUGUAUUUUCGAGUGCCCUACCCACCAACCCAACAUUCUCGAUUAGUGUACCAGAGAUAUUCACCAAUAUCGUCAAGACACUGUCAGAGAUUCCUCUUCCCAAAACAUUUAAAGAGGUCAAUACAUUUUACGUCAAACAUGGUGUAUUGCUCUCCAACAUCUCUUCACUAUUAAUUCAAUUGGUCAAAUCAUUUACACCUAUCCUCAACCAACAACAACAACAAAAACAAAUACCCGCCAUUUCACAAUCACUCUUACUUGCUCAUACCUAUAUCACAUUAUUAUCUUGGUCUAAUGAUCCACUUAUUUUUACUCCUACUUUGGAAUUUUGGAAGUUCAACUUUUCAAGAGAAGAGAAUCCAUGUUUUAUAAAUUCAGAUCCAUUUUAUCAAGAUUUGGUACAACCAAUUUGUAGAGUGAUUUACAAGAUUUUAAAAUUAAAAGAUUUGGAUUUAAUUGAAAAUAGAGAUUCUAUUUGUAGAGGUAUUUUGUACAAGGAAGAUGUUGAUGAUUCAGAAUCAGAAGAAUGGAUCCCCCUCUCUAAUUUAAUUUCAACUACAAUCCUUGAAUUAUCUCAAUCUUAUCCAACAUUGGUUUAUAAUAAUCUAACUAAAAAAUUUAUAACAAAUAGUGAAAAAGCAUUUAGUUCAAAUAAAUUUAGUUCAAUUAGUUGGUGUUUAUCAAAAUGUUUAAAUUUUGUAGAAUUUGAAAAGACUAGACAAUUGAUGGACAAUCUCUACCAAUAUAAAGUUGAAGCUGAAUACAAGGAAUUGGUGUAUUUGGCCAUAUUGUUUAUGAUUAGAAAUGCAACAAACUAUUUGCAAUCACCAAACACACAAGUAUUACCAUUCCUCAAUCUAUUGAUCAGUUGGAUCAAUCAAUCACCAGCAAACGGUACUGGAUCAAAUCUAUUGGAAAUGUCUAUUCAAACAUUGUUGGUCAUUUGUAAGAGAAAAGGUCAAAACUUGUAUACAGAACAUAAUGAAUUUUAUGAAAUUAUAAAUCAAACCAUUUAUUCAAAUAAUUUAAAAUUAUCAAUUUAUCAAAAAAAUAUUUUAUUUGAAAGUAUUGGAGUUUUAUUAAAAUCAUAUCCAAAUCAAUUACCAACAUCAACUUGGUCAUCAAUUAUUGAUCCUUUAAAUCAAUUGUUGGUAUCAAAAUCAUUUGAAAAUUUAAAUUUAGAAGGGAUUGGAGAAUGGUCAAAUCAUAUAGUUAAUAUAUUAUCAUUUAAUAAUGCAUUGGCAAAAUCAACAGGACCUAUAUACUUGCAACAAUUGUAUACUAUUCUACCACAUUUACUAGAAUUGUAUAAAUGGUCGAUUAUUCAAAAGAGUGAUAAUAUAUCCUAUCAAAGUCACCAGUUGGCAGUGAAAAAGGCAAUCAUCAAUUUGGUAGAGAGUAAUUGUAACUUUAAUUUGCAAUCGGAUAAUAGUGCAAGUCAAACCUUUGUUGAAAAGUGUUUGAUCCCACUCUUUUCAGUCAUGGUUCAAGACCAAUCGUUGACUACACCAUCAUCAGUCUCUCAACUACUUCCACGUAUUCUACAAUUCAUGACGGUUGUAUUUGAAAAGACUGGACCAUUGCUUCCUAUACACAUUUCACAAUAUUUAACCAAAACAUUCCUACUCCCAUCGUUGGCCGAUGCAAUCAUUCAAUCUACUCUAUCCAAAGGUCAAGGUUUAAUUAAUAGAAUUUGGACUCUUUUUUCAAUCAUUUUAACAAAUUCAAUUAAUUCAAUAUCAAAUGAAAUUAUAAUUUCAUAUAUUAAAUUAUUAGAAAGUUGUUUAAUGAAUUCAAGUCCAACCAUUCAUAAGAAUGCAUUAGAAUCAUUGUCAACCUAUCUUCACAUUGUAGAGAAAUCAUCAGACACUGUAAAAUCUAUUCUUUUUGACAAGAAUUUAUUAUUUGAUUUGAUGAUUAAAUUAUUGGAUACUUUAAUUGGAUCAACUCAAGAUUUCCAAAAUUCACAAGAACAAUAUGCAAAGGUUAUUUUCGAAUUGUUCAUGGUAUCUAGGAAUUAUUUAAUGUAA